AUGCCUCCCCAAAAGCGCAAGACAUCAAGCAGCGCGACCUCGAAUGGGACCUCGUCUCACACCAAUAAACGCGGGAAGCCCGACCUGACGCGUCCGCAUCCUCAUGCGAAAGAUACCGAGGACUUUGACAUUGUCCUGCGCGACUUCUAUCCCCCCGAGAUGUGCAAUGAGCGAUGUGGGGCCUAUAACGAUGGAACGUUAAAACGGCCGAUUGAAGCUCUGCAGAAGGCAUAUGAGGAUACGAUGGAUGAACGGAAGGAAAUUCGUCCGAAUGCUGCCGUGGUACACUGGUUCAAAUCUGAUCUGCGAUUACAUGAUAAUCGGGGACUACAGAUGGCGUACCAGAUCGCGCGCGAACACAACAUUCCGCUGAUCGGCCUGUACAUCCUCUCUCCGGAGGACUUGACGGCUCAUCUGGCCAGCGCGCCGCGCGUAGACCUGACGCUGCGAACACUGAAGCUGUUGAGACGUGAUCUGAGCGAGCUGGAUAUUCCGUUGUAUAUGGAGACACAGGACAAACGGAGGGCAAUCCCACAACGGAUUGUGGACCUGUGUCAGGAAUGGGGUGCAAAACAUCUCUUCACAAAUCUGGAGUACGAAGUUGAUGAACUUCGGCGUGAGGCGAAGAUGGUGCGUCUGUGUGCAGAGAAUGGGAUUAGAUUCGAAGCAGCGCAUGAUACCUGUGUUGUUACUCCGGGGAAACUCACUAGUCAACAGGGGAAACAAUAUGCGGUUUAUAGCCCGUGGUUUCGUUCUUGGUGUGCGUUUCUCAAAGAAAAUCCGGAGUACUUAGAGGUGGCGGAUGAGCCGGGGUCAAACCCGGGGAAUGCGCGCAAACAUUUCAAGGAGCUUUUCGAUUGUGAGGUGCCUGAUGCACCGGACAACAAGCGGCUCUCUGAGGCAGAGAAGAAACGGUUCCAUCAGAUGUACCCUGAGGGGGAGCAUGAGGCGCUCCGGAGGCUGGAGACAUUCCUUGAGGAAAAAGCGAGAGACUAUGAUGAUCUGCGAAAUAUGCUGGCAGGGCGGAAUACAUCCGUGCUCAGUCCCUAUUUUGCGUCGGGGGCACUCAGUGCACGGACGGCAGUUGUGCAGGCUCAGAAGGCGAACAGGGGUCAGCUAGAUCGAAACCAAUCCGGCUACAUGUCCUGGAUCAGUGAGGUUGCCUGGCGAGAUUUCUAUAAGCAUGUUCUCGUCCAUUGGCCAUUCAUCUGCAUGAACAAGUGCUUCAAGCCCGAAUUCACCGACCUCGAAUGGUCAUACAAUCAAGAGCACUUCGAGGCCUGGAGUGAGGGCAAGACCGGUUUCCCGAUCGUCGACGCCGCCAUGCGCCAACUUAACCAUGCUGCCUGGAUGCACAACCGCGCGCGCAUGGUCGUCUCAUCAUUUCUCUCCAAGGAUCUUCUAGUUGACUGGCGUCGAGGAGAGCGGUAUUUCAUGGAACAUUUGAUCGAUGGGGACUUUGCCUCCAACCACGGCGGAUGGGGAUUCGGUUCCAGCACGGGGGUGGACCCCCAGCCGUACUUUCGGAUCUUUAACCCGCUGCGUCAAAGUGAGCGGUUCGACCCCGAUGGGGAGUAUAUUCGGCACUGGGUGCCGGAGCUGCGCGAUGUGGAGGGCGCAGCGAUCCAUGAUCCGUACGGCCGAGGAGCUGAGGAUGUUGCGGAGAAGAAUGGAUAUCCGAGACCGAUUGUCGAUCAUUCGGAGAGUCGGGAGCGUGCGUUGGAGAGUUAUAAGAAGGUCGCACAACGUCACUAA